GUCAUUGUUGAUGUCCGAAGAGAGUCCUGCAGUGGCGGAUCUGAACAGACGCGAAUCAGCUUCAUCAGCUUCAUCAGCUUCAUCGGCUUCCACACUCACAGGAUGGGUUCUACGUGUGAACAAGAGUCUUCGGGAUCACUCAGCCAACAAAGAAGCCAUGAAGUCGUCGGAGGAGUCUGGAAAUUCUGGAUCAGAUGAGGAUUCAGAUUCAGGCCCUGCGAGGGAUGCUUAUCAAGAUGUUCGUCAAGAUGUUCAUCAAGAUUCGCAUCAUCGAGAUUCUCAUCAUCGAGAUGUUCAAGAUCACACAGAGUUGCCUUGCCUCUUCCAUUCCUACCUCGCCGGAUGUGCCAACGGGCAGCACUGCAGAUUCUCUCACUCCAUCCAUGCGGAUCAGGUGCGCGUCCCCUCGGUGAAGAAGGGGCGUGGCGUGGCGCGCAAACGCAUCAAGAAACGGGUGACGCAGCAUCUCGACGCAGCCAAUCUGUAUGCGGUGCAAGAGAUUCUGCAAAGAGAGGCAGAGUGGGACUCCUUUGCCAAAGACUUGAUCAGAAGGCAUUUGACUGCAAUAGCGACUUCCGCAGAAGA